UCAUUUCUUAAUUCCCACAGACAUGGUAGAGAUAAAUAGUAGUUUAUAGGGACACAUAAAUUUAACUCAAACAAAAUGGACAAAAUUCAAAUAGUAGUAACAGUAUGUUGUUGUGCCAUAGCAAUUACUCUGUUUGUGUGUCUAUGGAGAGUGUUGAACUGGAUUUGGUUCAAUCCAAAGAAGAUGGAGAAUAUGUUGAGAAAACAAGGUCUAAAAGGGAAUUCUUACAAAAUAUUGUAUGGGGACAUGAAAGAUUUUAUUGGGAUGAUUAAGGAAGCUACCUCAAAGCCUAUGAAUCUGUCUGAUGAUAUUGCACCAAGAUUGGUGCCUUUCUUUCUUGAAACCAUCAAGAAAUAUGGGAAAAAAUGUUUUAUAUGGUUGGGUCCAAACCCACAAGUACUAAUUAUGGACCCUGAGCUUAUAAAGGAAGUACUCUCGAAAACCUAUUUGUAUCAAAAGCCUGGUGGAAAUCCAUUUGCAGCAUUAUUGGUACAAGGACUAGCAACCUAUGAAGAAGACAAAUGGGCCAAACAUAGAAAAAUUAUCAAUCCCGCUUUCCAUCUAGAGAAGCUAAAGCAUAUGCUUCCAGCAUUUCACUUGAGCUGUAGUGAGAUGCUGAGCAAAUGGGAAGACAUUGUUCCAGUUGAAGGCUCUCAUGAGAUAGAUGUAUGGCCUCACCUUCAGCAAUUAACUUGUGACGUAAUCUCUCGGACAGCUUUUGGAAGUAGUUACGAAGAAGGUAGAAAGAUUUUUGAACUUCAAAGGGAACAAGCUCAGAAUUUUAUCGAUGCAGUACGCUCAAUUUAUUUCCCAGGACGGAGAUUUUUGCCAACAAAGAGGAACAGAAGAAUGAAGGAAAUAAAAAAGGACGUUCGGACCUCAGUUAAAGGUAUUAUCGAUAAAAGAAUGAAGGCAAUGAAAGCAGGGGAUGCCGAUAAUGAGGAUCUGUUAGGCAUAUUGCUUGAAUCAAAUUUUAAAGAAAUUGAACAGCACGGAAACAAGGAUUUUGGAAUGAACAUCGAAGAAGUCAUCGAAGAAUGCAAGUUAUUCUAUUUUGCUGGCCAAGAAACUACAUCAAUCUUGCUCGUGUGGACUAUGGUGUUGUUGAGUAGGUAUCAAGAUUGGCAGGCACAGGCCAGAGAAGAAGUCUUGCAAGUGUUUGGGAGUCGAAAACCAGAUUUUGAUGGAUUAAAUCAUCUAAAAGUUGUGACGAUGAUCUUGUAUGAGUCAUUACGGUUAUAUCCCCCAUUAAUAACACUUAACCGGAAGGUGAAUGAAGACAUUGUACUUGGAGAAUUGUCUCUACCAGCUGGUGCACUAGUCUCAUUGCCAGUGAUCUUAUUGCAUCAUGACAAAGAAGUAUGGGGUGAAGAUGCAAACAAGUUCAAUCCAGAGAGAUUUAGAGAAGGAAUAUCAAGUGCAACAAAGGGUCAAGUUACAUAUUUUCCAUUUUCCUGGGGUCCAAGAAUAUGCAUUGGACAAAAUUUUGCCAUGUUAGAAGCAAAAAUGACUUUGUGUAUGAUCCUACAAAGCUUCUCUUUUGAAUUGUCUCCAUCCUACACACAUGCUCCUAAAUCCAUAGUAACCAUGCAGCCUCAGUAUGGUGCUCCACUUAUUAUGCACAAACUAUAAUUUGGUAUUUUGUGAGAGGUCUUGUAAUGUAAUAAGAGUUUAUUCAGACUCAAAUCAGGGGCGGAGUUGCAAUAUUAAAUAUGGGUUCCGAGGAACUCAGUAACUUAUAUAUAAAUUUAUGUUUAGCAUCAAAAGUACUACAAUUGAAUGAA